ACCCGUUUGUCACACACCGUGAGGAGGAGAAGAAGGACAGCUGUGUCUCAGAAAGAACUAAACACUGAAUUAACUCGAUAUAUAUUUUGUUUUUAAUUAAGACAAAAUGAAUUGUAGAAAAAAAUGCUGGUCUGUUUAAUAUCAGGCCUUUAUUAUCAGGCCGUUGACAGCCGAUUGUUUUAUUACAGCCUGGACUGAAAACCUGGAAGUGGAAGAGGCGACGGAGGCCAAUUAUAGGAAACAAGGUGCACAUGUGAUUUUUUUUAAACGUGUUGGAGACGUUUGCUUGGGGGGAAUGGGUCUUGCUGAACAUCGAGAAUAAGCCUUUUUUUGGUUAAGUGGGAGUCAUCUGAAAAGCUACAUCUGAAUGUGGAUUUAGCUGCUGUGUUGGAAGUGAUGACGUGAAGCUGAAGUUUAGAGUUGAUUGUGCUCGCUGCUGAGGGAUUUUGUGUUUGAGGUGACACGUGAAAAAAAAAAUCUUGUCGUUUUUUCUCUUUAAGAAAAAAGGCUUCACCUAUUUUCUACAACUAUAUUUGAGCUUGAGAUUUAUUUUUUUAAGUGUCGUUAAAUAUUCGACUUGUGGAGAGAUUUCUACUUCGGUUAAGAGGCCUAUCCAUGAUAUCAAAGUAAGUAUACAUUAACGACAGUCAGGACAAUUUGUCUCUAUUAUUUCCACCAUACGCUUUCUAAUUGAAUUAAAGCAGGGCUUUCAUUGGCUAUGGAGAGGGCUCGUGCCCCCGCAUGCCUCAACAAAAGCUCCUCCCCUGUCGCUUGCAAUCAGUUGGGUGUGUGGAGAAGUACAUCUUAUAAGAGCUGCUGAACAGCCCAUGUCCAGCCCAUAAUCUGAGCUGAAAAUCCGAAGGUGAGAAGUAGGUUCUACCUCCUUCCAUCAUUUUGUCAGGGAGGGGAGGCGCGGUGGUUUUGUGUCGCCUUCUCGGCUGAGAUUCACUCUCUGGACUCUUGAAGCUCUUCUUUUUUUUUAAAUUGUAAGAUCUAAAACAAUGCAGCUAGAGAACAUCCUACCCAGCACGAGCAUCAAUUUACCCAAAACCUUUUACAACCUCUCAUCGUCGGACAGCGCCAACAACAGCCCGAGGCCGUCAUCACAGCUCGAGUAUCAAGAAGUGGAGCGGACCGAAUCAGAAUCCAGCGCGCCGAAGAAGUACCUGGGUAACGGGAUGUUGGGAGAGGGAGAGGGGGACACUUUCACUAAAACCGGGCCGGAUGGAAGGAAAGGCUCCCCGGUGCUUGGUGAGGACGAGUUGACGACUGCGAGGCGUUACAACAUAGACGAACUUGGCUCUGACAGAUACUUCAUCUCGUCUUCCCAGGCGAGUUCCGACAUGGCGAGCCCCUGUUCACUCUUCCCUUACGCAGGACAGACCGGGUCAGUGUACACCGGCUCCAGCAGCUCCAGGUACCCAGCUUCGCUUCAUUACGGUUCCGUGUUGCCACCAACAGGCUUCUCCUCCUCGUCCGUAUGCACCGGCCGGAGUCAGUUUAGCAGCGGAGGGUAUCAGUUCAGCCAGGGGCCGGGCUGUUUGUACCCCUCCUAUCCCGGGGCAGGGACGGGGAUCAGCUCAAUGUCUCUACCAGGGUCUGCAGCCGGAGCCAGGGCGCAGGUCUAUCUUUGCAACCGGCCUCUGUGGCUCAAGUUCCACCGGCAUCAGACGGAGAUGAUCAUCACCAAGCAGGGCAGACGAAUGUUCCCAUUCCUCAGUUUCAACAUCACUGGACUCAACCUCACGGCCCAUUACAACGUCUUCGUAGAAGUGGUUUUGGCUGACCCGAAUCACUGGCGCUUUCAGGGAGGGAAGUGGGUCACCUGUGGAAAAGCAGACAAUAAUAUGCAAGGUAACAAAAUGUAUGUUCAUCCUGAAUCCCCGAACACUGGAGCUCACUGGAUGAGGCAAGAAAUCUCUUUUGGCAAACUGAAGCUGACCAACAAUAAAGGAGCAAACAACAACAACACACAGAUGAUCGUCUUGCAGUCGCUUCACAAAUACCAACCGCGGCUGCACAUUGUGGAGGUGACAGAAGAAGGCGUGGAGGACAUGAGCAACGAGGCCAGAACUCAAACCUUCACUUUCCCAGAGAACCAGUUUAUAGCCGUCACUGCUUACCAGAACACAGAUAUCACGCAGCUCAAGAUAGAUCACAACCCCUUUGCAAAAGGCUUCCGGGACAACUAUGACUCGAUGUACACGGCCCCAGAGAGCGACAGGCUGACACCGUCACCCACAGACUCUCCUCGCUCCACCCAAAUCGUCCCUGGUGCUCGCUAUGCCAUGCAGCCUUUCUUUCAGGACCAGUUUGUCAACAACCUGCCACAAAACCGCUUCUACACCAGUGAACGGGCAGUCCCCCAAACCAACAGCCUUCUUUCCCCGCAGAGCGAGGAUGCCAGCGCAGCCGCCGCCUCCGCCCAGCGCUGGUUCGUCCCCCCGGUCCAGCAGCCGGGCUCCAACAAGCUGGAUCUGUCGUAUGAGAACGACUACUCCACCAGCAGCCUCCUCUCCUACGGCAUCAAACCCCUCUCCCUGCAGACGUCCCACGCCCUCAGCUACUACCCAGACUCGGCCUUCGCCUCUAUGGCCGCAGGAUGGGGCACCAGAAGCUCGUAUCAGCGCAAGAUGACCACCGGUCUGCCCUGGUCCCCUCGCCCGAGCCCCCCAGCCUUCCCUGAGGACCAGCUCGGUGUUACAAAAGACAAGCUACCAGAGGAGAGCGCUCCACCUGUUUCAACCUGGAUCGAGACGUCCCACUCGCUAAAAUCAGUGGACUCUACCGAUUCUGGUGUGUACUCGGUGGUGUGCAAGAGACGCAGAAUGUCUCCCGGGGGCUCUAGCACGGAGAACUCCCCGACAAUCAAGUGCGAGGACUUGACCACAGAAGAGUACAACAAGGACAACCCAAAAGGCAUGGGUUAUUAUGCAUUCUACACAAGCCCCUAAGACUGUAUUUAUUGAAGCUCAAAUCUUAUUCUUUGGUUUUAUUGAGUGCUCUCCAUUCCUUGUUAAUGUCUUUUUUCUCUUUUCUCUAAAGGUGCCAAAGCUUAGUGUUCUCCCCCCCAAGCAAGCUGCACAAGGUUAUUUUCCCAGGCCAGCCCCUCUCACAUACCUGAGCAGAAACAUGCAUAGUGAUUUGUUGUUUUUCAAAAAGCAUGUCCCCCCCCAUUUUUUUAAUCAAUUUAUUUUAAAAACAUUUUAUUCUAUUUUAUUUUGCAAAUGUGAUUUUGAUUUUAUGCCCCCCCCUUCCCCUCCCCUCCCCUCCCUGCGUAUUUAAGUCAAUUUCGUUGUACAGUAUUCGUGCACUUUAGAAUGUGAUGUAUCUUGUACAAAUCGUCUUCAUGGAGGUGUUAUUAAAUGGAUAAUAAAAACAGCUUUUCACAAA